AUGGUAAGUUGUGCAUCUUCCGAGGCACCACCAGUUCAGUUCCAAACGGGUUCCUCUUCAGAAGUACGUCAUUUUGGCCACUUUGGUAGCUCUCACCGCUGGACUCGUCCUCCCAAUUGUGCCACGCACCUUGUCCGGACAGGCCCUCGCCGACUAUGUCAACUCAAAGCAGUCCCUCUGGAAGGCCGAGAUCCCGAAGCACAUCUCGAUUGAGCAGGUGAAGAGACGUCUCAUGAAGACCCAAUUCGUCGCCCCGCACUCCGAGGAAGACCUUCUCGCCGCGCCAGAAGUCGACGCCGCCACCAUCCCAGUCACCUUCGACGCCCGUCAGCAAUGGCCCAACUGCGUCUCGAUCAAUAACAUCCGUGACCAGUCCGACUGUGGAUCCUGCUGGGCCUUCGCCGCCGCCGAAGCCGCCUCCGACCGCUUCUGCAUCGCCUCCAACGGAACCGUCAACACCCUGCUCUCCGCCGAAGACGUCCUCUCGUGCUGCUCUUCCUGCGGAUACGGAUGCGACGGAGGAUACCCAAUCGAGGCGUGGAGAUGGCUCGUCAAGCAAGGAUUCUGCACCGGAGGAUCCUACGAAGCCCAGUUCGGAUGCAAGCCGUACUCGCUCGCCCCGUGCUCCGAGACCGUCGGAAACGUGACCUGGCCAGACUGCCCAGAAGACGGAUACAACACCCCGAAGUGUGCCCACGCGUGCACCAACUCAAACUACUCGGUCGCCUACAAGAGCGACAAGCACUUCGGAAGCACCGCCUACGCCGUCGGAAAGAAGGUCGCCCAGAUCCAGGCCGAGAUCAUCGCCAACGGACCGGUUGAGGCCGCGUUCACCGUCUACGAGGACUUCUACCAGUACACGACCGGAGUCUACGUGCACACUUCCGGAGAAGAGCUCGGAGGACAUGCGAUCAGAAUCCUCGGAUGGGGAACCGACAACGGAACUCCGUACUGGCUCGUCGCCAACUCGUGGAAUGUCAACUGGGGAGAGAACGGAUACUUCCGCAUCAUCCGUGGAACCAACGAGUGCGGAAUCGAGCACGCCGUCGUCGGAGGAGUCCCAAAGGUCUAA